AUGGUCUACCCAAAAGUAGAUUACAGGGAUCCAUCUCAAGAACAUCAUAAUCCUUCUUUGUCCACCAAAUUCUAUAUAAUGUGGAUGUUUUUCACAGAAUAUUAUCAGCCCCAAGUUCUGUAUUAUCAAAUGAGAAAUAAUAUUUUAUCUACUGUGAGAACCAAACCCUAAAACCCACUACUUAAGAAGCCUUAAGCCCAGUGUUGAUGCAUCUUGAAGCCCAUCACUAUGCCCCACUCUACUUAACUAGCCAUAUUACAAAAUAAGGCCCAUAUAUCUAGUAUUAUCAGUUUUCCAAUUUUAUCUGAAAUUUAAAAUAAGCCAUUCCCUCAGUUUUCAUGCUGUCAAGUGGUAUCAUAGGAAGAUUUAGAUUUACCAGAUGUCAUGAGGUAAAGGGAUUCACAGCAUUGAAAAUGAAAGUUCUGAGGUAUGUCCUAUUUAGAUAUCCAAGUUUGCUGCCUUAAAAAUUAAUAUGGAAAAUAAUUUUGAGGAUUCAUUGCAGGAAUGUCUGCAAUAGAAUGUCAAUGUUGCGGUCAAACUGGUCAAAAAAAUAAAUGAUAGAAGAAGCUCAAACAGUAAAUCUGAUUAUGAUGAUUCCAGAAAUUUUUGAGUAAAACCUCAUUUGCCUAGAAGAAUUAGGUGUAGAGAUUUUUAAAUAAAAAUAGAAUAAUGCUGCCAAAACCCUGAAGCCCGGUGUUGAUGGACCUUGGAGCCCGAUACAGUUGCAGCCUGAAGCCGACUUUACGUGAUGCACACUGAAGCGCAUUACUGUUACAGCUUCAAACCCACCUACCUAAUUUUAUUAUUUUUUGAGUUUUAUUUGAAAUUCAAAUUUUAAUUUUAAUUUGUUAUUAGAGACCUGUGUUCUUCACCGUGUGUUGUUUCUAGGCCUAUAUAAAGGCCCCCAUUGUAACCUGAGUUACUCACUAGUUUUUCUUGAACCAGUUUUCUCCACAGUGAGAACCUUCUCUUCUUACUUGUAGAUUCAGGCACUCCCUUGUCAAUUCAAGGCUUGAUUCAGAAUCAGGUUUCGUCCCCAGGAUUGCAGCUUUGUGGAUUAAAACACAUAUCUUCUCUACCUUCCAUGUUCCUAUUGCGUCAGUUGUUAUCACAUCAAGUGAACGUUUAACUCAAGGUUCAAAACUGUCACGAGGUACAUCUGUUCUUAUUGGUGAUAAUGAUUCACCUGAAGUUUCUCCUAUCUCAAAAUCAGAUUUUUAUUAUUUUCCAGGAUUUAGUAGAUGAAAAAUUUGAUGAUAUUAGUGAUACCUUGAAACAACUUCUUGUAGGAAUUAGUGUAUUAGAUACUCAUUCAUCUCUAGUUGUACAAAAAGUCAUCAAAAAGUCAUUCAUGUCAAAUCUUCAUCAAAAAAUCUCUGUUCGUCAGGUUCUACAAGUUCUAAAUUAAGAUUUCACGAAGAUAAUUUUUGAGAAUUUCAUAUGAAGAUUGUUAACCAUGUUUUAAUAGGAACUUGAAGAUUGAGGAGUUCUUAGAUUGAAAAGAUAUUAUGUUGAAGAGUUCUUAAAUUGAAGAGAUCUUACAUUGAAGAGUUCUUAGAUUGAAAAUUUCUCAUGAAAAAUAAAAGCUAUUGGCAACUGAAGGGUGGAGCCUCUCCAUGGCAGGAUCCAUAACAGACCACAUGUACGAGGGCAGCCAAAGAACUUGUACGAAUAUGAGAGAAAAUGAAAAAACUCUUGAAAGGUAAUAGAUAAGUUUCCAAAUAGAUUUUUGAACAAAUUUUAUAUCAACAGUAUUAAAAAAGCAGACAAGGGAAUAGAUCAGUUAUUCAUUAUGCUGAAAAUUUUAUUUUUAUCUCCUCAAAUUGACUUGACAGAAUCCGAGUAACAUAUGAUUUCAAGAUUUAAAGGUGAUCUCAGUUGGAAAAUUGAAGACUAAGUAGCUUUACAUUCAUUUUUCAAGCUUAAUGACAUUCUAAUGGCUGCAGAGUGUGCUCAAGCCAGAAAGAGGAAGAUCUACAGUUCUUUUACACCACAUAACGGAGGACUGAAUCAAUGUUCUGUCAGAUCAAGUAGAGCAAAACCUUCUGACCAAGUCUCUACUAACAAAAAUCAUUAUACUGCUAAUCUCAAUCCUAAAGUUGGACAGGAAUCAGAUAUCUGUGCUAAAUUUGACAAUGUAAACCUUGCAGAUUCUAUUGAAUUGGAAACAGAAUAUGAAGAAUCAGAAAUUAAAGGUGAGGUAGAAGAAAAUUUUAUUGAAUUUGAUACUAAAGAUGUACUGUCUCAUUCACUUGUAGUCAAAAGCUUGAUGUAUUCGCCAAGAAGAAAAGACGACCCAGAGCACCAUAAUAUUUUUAGAAUAAGGUGUACUGUGAAAAUAAUCAUUUAUAGUGCCAGUAAAUAUCUGAAUGUGACAGAGAACAUUCUCUCUUCAAACCAUUAUCCAUAUCAAAUUGGGGUGAUCAAGAAUGAAAUAGGAACUAAACUUUUCAGAAACUUGUGUAAUUAAAUUUUCAAUUGGCAAGAUAAAAAUGGUAAAAAAAAUAUUUUUGCUCUAAUGCAAGAAAGUGAUUUUGGCAGACGAGAGAAGGAGAACACAAAAGCUAAAGUAAUAUGAUGUAGCCCAACACAAAAGUUAAAGUGUCAACUUCGAAUUUACGCCCAGUUAUCCUGCUUUUGGGCCAUAACGUAAAAAGUGCAAAAAAAGGGGACCCACAUAUGUCACCAGUGGGCUGAAGGUUGGAGUUUGGGCCCACUUUAUGUCCUUUCACAUUUAGAAGGUACUUUAUGUCUAAUUCUGUCAAGAAGGGACCUUAAUGUGGUUCAGUCUGUAUCUAAGAUCUGUUCACGAUCUCUGACUGUCAGAUUCUUUACCUAAGAUCUGCACAGGGUCUGUAAGUGUCAGAGUCUGUCUUAGGAGAUGUUAGAAUAGUGUUAGAGGAUUUGUGCAUGUUCUCUGUCAGUUAGAUGUGAUUAUUGAUUCUGACAGUAGUGAAAAUCUUAGUCCUUUGAGCAAACCAAAAUUGGGGCUAAAAACUGAAAAACAUCCGCAUCAUUUAGAAUUGGGUGAAGAUAAAUUUCAAAGGGAAAAGUUUAUUUUGACGAAAUGAGCUAUCAUGUUGUUGUGACGACUGCCUGUCAUCUAAAUUUCAUUUAGAUGCAACUUUACUGGGCAAAAAUAGUCAUUAUAUUUUUUUUACAAAAAUAGUGAAAAGUUUUUUUACGCCCACUAAAAAAAUAAAUUAUUCAGCACAGUUAAUGAAAAAAGAGUAAGAAAUAACGAUUUACAAAAGAGGAACUUUGUAAUACAUGAAAAGAAAUUUUUUGAAUUAUUUAUGCUGGUUUAAAACGAGAAUGAUUCUUGGAGAGGGUUUGCAACAUUUACCAGAUUAUAGAAUGAUCCCUGAAGAUUUUGCAUGAGCAACUUAGAAAGUGGUUACAGAAACGAUUAAUUCGUGAGAGUUGUUCCAUUCAUUACCUGGACGAAUGAUGCAACGCAAACCCUGAAGCCCACUACUGAAGAACCUGGAGGCCAGUAUUGAUGCACCCUAGAGCCUAUUACUGUUGCAACUUGAAGCCCAUUGUAUUUUUCUUAUUUUUCAGAUUUCAAUUCAAUCCAAAUUUCAUCUGAUAUUCAAAUUUCUGAGAAAAACUUGUGUUAAAUUAAGAUUUAUUUCAAAUUGAAAUCCUUGCGCCUAAAUAAACACUCUUUAGCCUAUUUAAAGGAACCCCCUUGUAGCCCUGGAACAUAUUACCAUCUUUUGAAUACAAUUUCGUGAGUUUUUUUUCUUUUGAAGUUCCCUCCUUCUGCUGGUUGACUCCAGCAUCCCUGUGACUUAGGGGAUCUGCUCUUGAUUCUGUGGAUUCACAAUCACCCUCUUGUGGACUUAAGGGAACUGUCCUCCUCACUGUGUGGAUUCAGAGAGAAAGGACAACCAUUAGAGCACGUUUUUCGGGGAUCUUGACGUGUCUUCAACCUCCACAACAUCAAAGUUGAUCACAACGCCUUCAAACCAUUGCCUCUUAGUGUUCUGCUGCGUCAAGUGGUAUGAGAGCUAGGUUAGUGUUCCGGAUUUAGAUUCACAAGAUGUCAUGAGGUAAAGGGAUUCACAUCAACCACAAUGCAAGUUCUAAGGUAUGGCUUAUUUCGAAAUUAGAUUUUAUUAAUUUCAAGAUUCAUAUGCAACAAAAACUUGAAGAUUUGAAUGAUACUUUAAAGCAAAUCUUAGCAUGAAUCUCUGCAAUUGAAUGUGUAUCUUGUGGUCAAACUGGUAAAAAAAUAAAUAAAUUCUGUAACCUGUCACAGAAAAACUUAUCCAACGAUACAACAAGCCCAAAAAGUAGAUCUGAUUGCGAUGAUUGCAGAGGUUUUUUUAAAAAAAUGAUUUCCGAAACAGUGAAAGAUCAAGAUCAAGUACAAUUCACCGGUGAAAGAUCAGAGAAAUAUCAAGUUCAAAGAUUUCUUCCACCUGAUUAUGAGCAGGUUUUAUAUGACUAAUAUCAAAGUUGUAAACAGUGAAGUAGACUUGUCAGAGAAUAUGCUGGGGAAGUUUAUACACUUUCUUAAAAGUCGAUUUGAAUAAAUCUUAAUCUUAUAUGAUCUCUAUUUUUAAAAGUGCUGAAACUUUAUUGGAGAAUUGCUUGAACGAGUUGUGAUCAACUGUAAUGUGGUGGUGGUUGAAGACACGCCUUGAAUCCUUGAAAAACAUCCUCCAGUGGUUGUCGCUUCGCUCUGAAUCCACAGCUUGAAGAGCACAGGUCGCUUGAACAGAGUUCCCUGAGUCCACCAGCAGAAGGAGAGAACUUAGAGAGAAGAAACUCAAAACAUUGUGCUGGUUGAACAGAGUUUAAAAAGAAUUGUAUUAGAGCUAGGAUAAUUUCUUUCUCAUUUGUAAAAAAAAUAAAUAUAUAUUCCAUGUGUAGCGUCAACAUCCACAACAUGACAUUGCACUUUAUCAGAAUAAGUUUUACCAAUUGAAAAUUUAAUUACACACAUCUCUGACACUUUAGUUUCCGUUUUCUUCUUGAUUGUCUGGGGUUCAAAGGCUUGUCUUGAAUCCUCAAAAUCUGUGCUCCAAUGAUUGUCCUUUCGCUCUGAAUCUACAUGGUAAAGAGGACAGGUCUCUUGAGUCUAUAAGGGGUUGAUUCUGAAUCCACAGAACCAAGAACAGGUUCCCUGAGUCCACAGGGGUACUGGAAUCCACUAGCAAAAGGAGAGAACUUCAAGAGAAGUAAACUCACGAAAUUGUAUUGAAAAAAGAUACUAUGCCUAUGGGGCUUCAGCACGUACUAAACCCAUUAGCAUUAAGCUUGAAAAAUAAAAGUAAAGCUACUUUAUCUUUAAUUAUCUAUUUAUGACCACCAUUGAACCUUCAAAUCAUCUUCAGCAUAAUCAGAAAGUGAUUUAUUUGCCAGUCUGUAGUUUUCAUACUAUUGAUAUAAAAUUUGUUCAUAAUCUGGGGGAAGAAAAUGAGAUUUCAAGAGUUUCUUCAUUUUCUCCCAUUAUUGUACAGGUUCUUUAUCAAACCUUGCAAAUGAUCCUACCAUACAGAGGCUCCACCACAGUUUAUAAGUCAAUAACUUUACUUAUUUUUCAUCGAAAAAUUUCAUAUACUCAAACACUCAAUGUACUUCAACUAACCAAUCUAAGAACUCUUCAACCUUCAAAUGGCUAUUCAACAAUAAUAAGUCAAUCUUCAUAUAGAAAUCUCAAAAAUUAUCUUAAAAAACCUACUACAAAUGUACAAUGAGUAUCUGAUGAAGAUUUAACAUAAAUGACUUUUUCAAGAAGUCUGAUUUCAUUAUCUCUAGGAGAAUGUGAAUGACUCCCUGAUGUACUCAUUCUUGCCAAAAAGUUGUUUUAAACUUUCACUAACAUCAUCAAAUUUUUGAUCUAUUCAAUCUUAAAAUACAAUAACAUUUCAUGUUCAAAUAGGAAAAACCUCAUGUAAAUCAUCACCACCAGUAUGAGUAGAUUUACCUCGUGACAUUUGUGAACUUGAAUUGAAACGUUGACUUGCUAUGAUACCAACUGACGCAGUAAUAAUGCAGAAAAUAAAUAAAAUUUGGGCUAGAAUCUACAAAACUUAAAUCUUAGGGAAGAAAUCAGCCUCUGAAUCCACAGAUUUGGAGUCUUCAACCCUUGAAUCUACAAGGGGUUGCAUGUAUCCAAAAGCAAGAGGAGAAAGAUACAAUACGUAACAGUGAUUCAACUAAAAAGCUAAGAAGUCGGGUUAUAAUGGGGCCCACUUAGGAAAGAGGUUGAGUGCUUCUAAAAGAUGAUCUUGAUAGAUCCUAGGGACAAAGUCUGACUAAAUCUUAAAUGACUUAAAACAUUCUCUGACAGAUUGAGAUUUUGGAGACAUCCUGAAAUUACUUGAAACAGACUCUGACAGGUAGACAUACUGAACAAAUCUUAGGUAGAAACUUUGACGGUCUUAGAUCCCAAGUACAUGUACAGUUUGAACAAAUCUUAGGUAGCCACUCUAAUAGUCAUAGAUCUUGAACAGAUUGUAGGUACAGUUUGAACCACAAUAAGUCUCUUCUAGAAGGAAAGAGAUAGAAAAUACCGUUUAGAAGUGAAAAGACAUAAUGUAAAAAAUAAAUAUUACUUUUCGGACCUCUCGCCCGCUGAUGACAUAUUUGGGCUCCUUUUUUAGCACUUUUCAUUUAUGGCCUAAAUUUAAGAUAAGUGGGCCCAAAUUCAAAGUUGAGAAUUCAACUUGUGUCUUGGACUACAUAAAAAAAAUCUAAAUUUAGCACUUGUGUCUGUCGACAGUAUAAAUCCUAAAUUCCACGCCUAGAUGACAUGUUGAUAUGCUUUGUGGUUCUAAUUUUUUUUUCAAAAGUUGAUUUAACCAGCAGAUAUCAUCAAAUCCAAAUUCAGUCAGGAGAUAACUGGAAGUCUGCCUUUAAAACUAUAGCAGGUCUUUGUGAAUAGUUGGUCAUGCUUUUUCAAUUAUCAAAUGCCCCCAGUACCUUUAUAAGAAUUAUGAAUUAGGUUCUGAAACCUUUUAUUGCUAAAUAUGUUGUCGUUUAUUUCGAUGAAAUUCUUGUUUACAAUCCUACGGAAGAUGACCAUAUGAAAUAACUCAGAUCAAUGUUCAAAGUGUUACAACAAAAUACAUUAUUGAUUAACUUGAAGAAAUGCAACUUCAUGACUACUAGUUUGCUAUUCAGCGAGACUUUAUUUUAUAUACUGAUCAUUAAGCUCUUAAAUCAGGAAAUAGUCAGACUUUUAUUAAUAGAACGCAUGCCAGAUGGAUCUCUUUGAUUCAACAUUGCAUAUGCUCUUAGUAGAAAAACAACAUGUUUAUUGAAUCUGCAUGCUAAAAUCACAAGAUUUGAUUAUUUCGAGGAAUUAUACCCAGACGACGAUAAUUUUCUUCAACAAUAUAUGAUCUAUACAUCAGGAAAAUCAACUAAAGGUUUUCACCUACAAGAUGCCUUUUUAUACUGUGUAUUCCUCGCAGCUCUUUAAAGGAGAAAAUACUAUGAGAAUUAAACUCUUCUGGUUUAGCAGGACACCUUGGGCGAGAUAAGACCUUAGAGUCAAUUGAGGAGCCAUAUUUCUGGCCUAAGCCAAAGAAAGAUGUAGAAAAUUUGUUCAUAAAUUUUCUACAUUUUCUACAUCAAUUACAGACCACACAUAUGAGGUCAGGCAAAGAACCUGUAUGCUAAAUGGGAGAAAAUUAAAAAACUCUUGAAAUCUCAGUUUCUUCCUCCAGAUUAUGAACAAAUUUUAUAUCAACAAUAUCAAAACUGUAGAUAAGGGAAUAGAUCAGUUGCAGAUUAUGCUGAAAAAUUGAAUCGUUUAUCUUCUCGAAUAGACUUGACAGAAUCUGAGUCAGAUUAUGAUUUCAAGAUUUACAGUCAUUUUUCAAGCUUAGUGACAUUGUAAUAUGCCUACAGAGCGUGCGGAAGCCUUAUUAGAGAAAGGAAAAACCAGAAUUCUAAAUUUAAGAAGUCAGAAUUCAACUCUUCAGUUAGAAAGAGGAAGAUGUACUGUUUUUUCUUCUACACCACAUAAUGGAGGACUGAAUCAAAGUUCUGUCAGAACAAGUGGAGCAAACCCCUCUGCCGAUGCCUCUACUAACAAGAAUCCUUUACUCCUAAUGUCAUUCCUAAAUGCUACAGGUGUGGAGAAAGUGGACACAAAUCAAAUAUCUGUCCUAAACGUGGCACAGUAAACCUUGCAAAUUCAAUUGAAGGGGAAACAGAACAAGCAUAACCAGAAAUUUCAGGCUAGGUAGAAGAAAAUUUUAAUUAAUUUGAUACCUGAAAUGCACUGUCACAUUCACUUGUAGUCAGGAGAUUGGUGGAUGUCACCAUAAUAUUUUCAGAACAUGGUGUGCUAUGAAUUCUAAGGUAUGUGAUAUAAUCAUUGAAAGUGACAGUAGUGAGAGCAUUGUCUCUUCUGUGAUAUAAUCAUUAAAAAAUUAAGUUUGCAAAUAAGCCCAACAACGUCAUCCAUAUCGAAUUGGUUGCAUCAAGAAGGAAACAGAAACUAAAUUUUUCACAAACCUGUGUAAUCAAAUUUUCAAUUGGCAAAACAUAUUCUGAUAAAGUACAAUUUGAUGUUGUUGACAUUGAUCCUUGCCACAUGAAAUUAAACAGGCCAUGGCAGUUUGACGCUACACACCGUGGCAAGGAAUCACUCACUUUGCAAUCAAGCGACGCCCACACCAGUAGAGUUGAUCACAACUCGUUCAAGCCAUUCCCUCCUUAGUUUCUGCUGAGACAAGUUCUUCCUUUGGUCAAGCAUUUGAUUUGUGACCUUAUUCAUUAGAUCCGUAACAUUUUAGAAUAGAUCCACUUGAUUUGAUACAUAGAGAUUCCUUUGAGAGGAACUUCAGCCACCAGGAAUAGAUCCACUUGGUCUUGGCACAGAAGAUCAUGAAGCAUGAAGGUAAAAAAGGAUGAACCUUUCCAGCAUCAUAAUACUUUCAGAGCAAAAUGCACUGUUGAUGGAAAGAUUUAAGAUGUGAUUAUUGAUUCUGACAGUAGUGAAAAUCUUAGUCCUUUGAGCAAACCAAAAUUGGGGCUAAAAACUGAAAAACAUCCGCAUCAUUUAGAAUUGGGUGAAGAUAAAUUUCAAAGGGAAAAGUUUAUUUUGACGAAAUGAGCUAUCAUGUUGUUGUGACGACUGCCUGUCAUCUAAAUUUCAUUUAGAUGCAACUUUACUGGGCAAAAAUAGUCAUUAUAUUUUUUUUACAAAAAUAGUGAAAAGUUUUUUUACGCCCACUAAAAAAAUAAAUUAUUCAGCACAGUUAAUGAAAAAAGAGUAAGAAAUAACGAUUUACAAAAGAGGAACUUUGUAAUACAUGAAAAGAAAUUUUUUGAAUUAUUUAUGCUGGUUUAAAACGAGAAUGAUUCUUGGAGAGGGUUUGCAACAUUUACCAGAUUAUAGAAUGAUCCCUGAAGAUUUUGCAUGAGCAACUUAGAAAGUGGUUACAGAAACGAUUAAUUCGUGAGAGUUGUUCCAUUCAUUACCUGGACGAAUGAUGCAACGCAAACCCUGAAGCCCACUACUGAAGAACCUGGAGGCCAGUAUUGAUGCACCCUAGAGCCUAUUACUGUUGCAACUUGAAGCCCAUUGUAUUUUUCUUAUUUUUCAGAUUUCAAUUCAAUCCAAAUUUCAUCUGAUAUUCAAAUUUCUGAGAAAAACUUGUGUUAAAUUAAGAUUUAUUUCAAAUUGAAAUCCUUGCGCCUAAAUAAACACUCUUUAGCCUAUUUAAAGGAACCCCCUUGUAGCCCUGGAACAUAUUACCAUCUUUUGAAUACAAUUUCGUGAGUUUUUUUUCUUUUGAAGUUCCCUCCUUCUGCUGGUUGACUCCAGCAUCCCUGUGACUUAGGGGAUCUGCUCUUGAUUCUGUGGAUUCACAAUCACCCUCUUGUGGACUUAAGGGAACUGUCCUCCUCACUGUGUGGAUUCAGAGAGAAAGGACAACCAUUAGAGCACGUUUUUCGGGGAUCUUGACGUGUCUUCAACCUCCACAACAUCAAAGUUGAUCACAACGCCUUCAAACCAUUGCCUCUUAGUGUUCUGCUGCGUCAAGUGGUAUGAGAGCUAGGUUAGUGUUCCGGAUUUAGAUUCACAAGAUGUCAUGAGGUAAAGGGAUUCACAUCAACCACAAUGCAAGUUCUAAGGUAUGGCUUAUUUCGAAAUUAGAUUUUAUUAAUUUCAAGAUUCAUAUGCAACAAAAACUUGAAGAUUUGAAUGAUACUUUAAAGCAAAUCUUAGCAUGAAUCUCUGCAAUUGAAUGUGUAUCUUGUGGUCAAACUGGUAAAAAAAUAAAUAAAUUCUGUAACCUGUCACAGAAAAACUUAUCCAACGAUACAACAAGCCCAAAAAGUAGAUCUGAUUGCGAUGAUUGCAGAGGUUUUUUUAAAAAAAUGAUUUCCGAAACAGUGAAAGAUCAAGAUCAAGUACAAUUCACCGGUGAAAGAUCAGAGAAAUAUCAAGUUCAAAGAUUUCUUCCACCUGAUUAUGAGCAGGUUUUAUAUGACUAAUAUCAAAGUUGUAAACAGUGAAGUAGACUUGUCAGAGAAUAUGCUGGGGAAGUUUAUACACUUUCUUAAAAGUCGAUUUGAAUAAAUCUUAAUCUUAUAUGAUCUCUAUUUUUAAAAGUGCUGAAACUUUAUUGGAGAAUUGCUUGAACGAGUUGUGAUCAACUGUAAUGUGGUGGUGGUUGAAGACACGCCUUGAAUCCUUGAAAAACAUCCUCCAGUGGUUGUCGCUUCGCUCUGAAUCCACAGCUUGAAGAGCACAGGUCGCUUGAACAGAGUUCCCUGAGUCCACCAGCAGAAGGAGAGAACUUAGAGAGAAGAAACUCAAAACAUUGUGCUGGUUGAACAGAGUUUAAAAAGAAUUGUAUUAGAGCUAGGAUAAUUUCUUUCUCAUUUGUAAAAAAAAUAAAUAUAUAUUCCAUGUGUAGCGUCAACAUCCACAACAUGACAUUGCACUUUAUCAGAAUAAGUUUUACCAAUUGAAAAUUUAAUUACACACAUCUCUGACACUUUAGUUUCCGUUUUCUUCUUGAUUGUCUGGGGUUCAAAGGCUUGUCUUGAAUCCUCAAAAUCUGUGCUCCAAUGAUUGUCCUUUCGCUCUGAAUCUACAUGGUAAAGAGGACAGGUCUCUUGAGUCUAUAAGGGGUUGAUUCUGAAUCCACAGAACCAAGAACAGGUUCCCUGAGUCCACAGGGGUACUGGAAUCCACUAGCAAAAGGAGAGAACUUCAAGAGAAGUAAACUCACGAAAUUGUAUUGAAAAAAGAUACUAUGCCUAUGGGGCUUCAGCACGUACUAAACCCAUUAGCAUUAAGCUUGAAAAAUAAAAGUAAAGCUACUUUAUCUUUAAUUAUCUAUUUAUGACCACCAUUGAACCUUCAAAUCAUCUUCAGCAUAAUCAGAAAGUGAUUUAUUUGCCAGUCUGUAGUUUUCAUACUAUUGAUAUAAAAUUUGUUCAUAAUCUGGGGGAAGAAAAUGAGAUUUCAAGAGUUUCUUCAUUUUCUCCCAUUAUUGUACAGGUUCUUUAUCAAACCUUGCAAAUGAUCCUACCAUACAGAGGCUCCACCACAGUUUAUAAGUCAAUAACUUUACUUAUUUUUCAUCGAAAAAUUUCAUAUACUCAAACACUCAAUGUACUUCAACUAACCAAUCUAAGAACUCUUCAACCUUCAAAUGGCUAUUCAACAAUAAUAAGUCAAUCUUCAUAUAGAAAUCUCAAAAAUUAUCUUAAAAAACCUACUACAAAUGUACAAUGAGUAUCUGAUGAAGAUUUAACAUAAAUGACUUUUUCAAGAAGUCUGAUUUCAUUAUCUCUAGGAGAAUGUGAAUGACUCCCUGAUGUACUCAUUCUUGCCAAAAAGUUGUUUUAAACUUUCACUAACAUCAUCAAAUUUUUGAUCUAUUCAAUCUUAAAAUACAAUAACAUUUCAUGUUCAAAUAGGAAAAACCUCAUGUAAAUCAUCACCACCAGUAUGAGUAGAUUUACCUCGUGACAUUUGUGAACUUGAAUUGAAACGUUGACUUGCUAUGAUACCAACUGACGCAGUAAUAAUGCAGAAAAUAAAUAAAAUUUGGGCUAGAAUCUACAAAACUUAAAUCUUAGGGAAGAAAUCAGCCUCUGAAUCCACAGAUUUGGAGUCUUCAACCCUUGAAUCUACAAGGGGUUGCAUGUAUCCAAAAGCAAGAGGAGAAAGAUACAAUACGUAACAGUGAUUCAACUAAAAAGCUAAGAAGUCGGGUUAUAAUGGGGCCCACUUAGGAAAGAGGUUGAGUGCUUCUAAAAGAUGAUCUUGAUAGAUCCUAGGGACAAAGUCUGACUAAAUCUUAAAUGACUUAAAACAUUCUCUGACAGAUUGAGAUUUUGGAGACAUCCUGAAAUUACUUGAAACAGACUCUGACAGGUAGACAUACUGAACAAAUCUUAGGUAGAAACUUUGACGGUCUUAGAUCCCAAGUACAUGUACAGUUUGAACAAAUCUUAGGUAGCCACUCUAAUAGUCAUAGAUCUUGAACAGAUUGUAGGUACAGUUUGAACCACAAUAAGUCUCUUCUAGAAGGAAAGAGAUAGAAAAUACCGUUUAGAAGUGAAAAGACAUAAUGUAAAAAAUAAAUAUUACUUUUCGGACCUCUCGCCCGCUGAUGACAUAUUUGGGCUCCUUUUUUAGCACUUUUCAUUUAUGGCCUAAAUUUAAGAUAAGUGGGCCCAAAUUCAAAGUUGAGAAUUCAACUUGUGUCUUGGACUACAUAAAAAAAAUCUAAAUUUAGCACUUGUGUCUGUCGACAGUAUAAAUCCUAAAUUCCACGCCUAGAUGACAUGUUGAUAUGCUUUGUGGUUCUAAUUUUUUUUUCAAAAGUUGAUUUAACCAGCAGAUAUCAUCAAAUCCAAAUUCAGUCAGGAGAUAACUGGAAGUCUGCCUUUAAAACUAUAGCAGGUCUUUGUGAAUAGUUGGUCAUGCUUUUUCAAUUAUCAAAUGCCCCCAGUACCUUUAUAAGAAUUAUGAAUUAGGUUCUGAAACCUUUUAUUGCUAAAUAUGUUGUCGUUUAUUUCGAUGAAAUUCUUGUUUACAAUCCUACGGAAGAUGACCAUAUGAAAUAACUCAGAUCAAUGUUCAAAGUGUUACAACAAAAUACAUUAUUGAUUAACUUGAAGAAAUGCAACUUCAUGACUACUAGUUUGCUAUUCAGCGAGACUUUAUUUUAUAUACUGAUCAUUAAGCUCUUAAAUCAGGAAAUAGUCAGACUUUUAUUAAUAGAACGCAUGCCAGAUGGAUCUCUUUGAUUCAACAUUGCAUAUGCUCUUAGUAGAAAAACAACAUGUUUAUUGAAUCUGCAUGCUAAAAUCACAAGAUUUGAUUAUUUCGAGGAAUUAUACCCAGACGACGAUAAUUUUCUUCAACAAUAUAUGAUCUAUACAUCAGGAAAAUCAACUAAAGGUUUUCACCUACAAGAUGCCUUUUUAUACUGUGUAUUCCUCGCAGCUCUUUAAAGGAGAAAAUACUAUGAGAAUUAAACUCUUCUGGUUUAGCAGGACACCUUGGGCGAGAUAAGACCUUAGAGUCAAUUGAGGAGCCAUAUUUCUGGCCUAAGCCAAAGAAAGAUGUAGAAAAUUUGUUCAUAAAUUUUCUACAUUUUCUACAUCAAUUACAGACCACACAUAUGAGGUCAGGCAAAGAACCUGUAUGCUAAAUGGGAGAAAAUUAAAAAACUCUUGAAAUCUCAGUUUCUUCCUCCAGAUUAUGAACAAAUUUUAUAUCAACAAUAUCAAAACUGUAGAUAAGGGAAUAGAUCAGUUGCAGAUUAUGCUGAAAAAUUGAAUCGUUUAUCUUCUCGAAUAGACUUGACAGAAUCUGAGUCAGAUUAUGAUUUCAAGAUUUACAGUCAUUUUUCAAGCUUAGUGACAUUGUAAUAUGCCUACAGAGCGUGCGGAAGCCUUAUUAGAGAAAGGAAAAACCAGAAUUCUAAAUUUAAGAAGUCAGAAUUCAACUCUUCAGUUAGAAAGAGGAAGAUGUACUGUUUUUUCUUCUACACCACAUAAUGGAGGACUGAAUCAAAGUUCUGUCAGAACAAGUGGAGCAAACCCCUCUGCCGAUGCCUCUACUAACAAGAAUCCUUUACUCCUAAUGUCAUUCCUAAAUGCUACAGGUGUGGAGAAAGUGGACACAAAUCAAAUAUCUGUCCUAAACGUGGCACAGUAAACCUUGCAAAUUCAAUUGAAGGGGAAACAGAACAAGCAUAACCAGAAAUUUCAGGCUAGGUAGAAGAAAAUUUUAAUUAAUUUGAUACCUGAAAUGCACUGUCACAUUCACUUGUAGUCAGGAGAUUGGUGGAUGUCACCAUAAUAUUUUCAGAACAUGGUGUGCUAUGAAUUCUAAGGUAUGUGAUAUAAUCAUUGAAAGUGACAGUAGUGAGAGCAUUGUCUCUUCUGUGAUAUAAUCAUUAAAAAAUUAAGUUUGCAAAUAAGCCCAACAACGUCAUCCAUAUCGAAUUGGUUGCAUCAAGAAGGAAACAGAAACUAAAUUUUUCACAAACCUGUGUAAUCAAAUUUUCAAUUGGCAAAACAUAUUCUGAUAAAGUACAAUUUGAUGUUGUUGACAUUGAUCCUUGCCACAUGAAAUUAAACAGGCCAUGGCAGUUUGACGCUACACACCGUGGCAAGGAAUCACUCACUUUGCAAUCAAGCGACGCCCACACCAGUAGAGUUGAUCACAACUCGUUCAAGCCAUUCCCUCCUUAGUUUCUGCUGAGACAAGUUCUUCCUUUGGUCAAGCAUUUGAUUUGUGACCUUAUUCAUUAGAUCCGUAACAUUUUAGAAUAGAUCCACUUGAUUUGAUACAUAGAGAUUCCUUUGAGAGGAACUUCAGCCACCAGGAAUAGAUCCACUUGGUCUUGGCACAGAAGAUCAUGAAGCAUGAAGGUAAAAAAGGAUGAACCUUUCCAGCAUCAUAAUACUUUCAGAGCAAAAUGCACUGUUGAUGGAAAGAUUUAAGAUGUGAUUAUUGAUUCUGACAGUAGUGAAAAUCUUAGUCCUUUGAGCAAACCAAAAUUGGGGCUAAAAACUGAAAAACAUCCGCAUCAUUUAGAAUUGGGUGAAGAUAAAUUUCAAAGGGAAAAGUUUAUUUUGACGAAAUGAGCUAUCAUGUUGUUGUGACGACUGCCUGUCAUCUAAAUUUCAUUUAGAUGCAACUUUACUGGGCAAAAAUAGUCAUUAUAUUUUUUUUACAAAAAUAGUGAAAAGUUUUUUUACGCCCACUAAAAAAAUAAAUUAUUCAGCACAGUUAAUGAAAAAAGAGUAAGAAAUAACGAUUUACAAAAGAGGAACUUUGUAAUACAUGAAAAGAAAUUUUUUGAAUUAUUUAUGCUGGUUUAAAACGAGAAUGAUUCUUGGAGAGGGUUUGCAACAUUUACCAGAUUAUAGAAUGAUCCCUGAAGAUUUUGCAUGAGCAACUUAGAAAGUGGUUACAGAAACGAUUAAUUCGUGAGAGUUGUUCCAUUCAUUACCUGGACGAAUGAUGCAACGCAAACCCUGAAGCCCACUACUGAAGAACCUGGAGGCCAGUAUUGAUGCACCCUAGAGCCUAUUACUGUUGCAACUUGAAGCCCAUUGUAUUUUUCUUAUUUUUCAGAUUUCAAUUCAAUCCAAAUUUCAUCUGAUAUUCAAAUUUCUGAGAAAAACUUGUGUUAAAUUAAGAUUUAUUUCAAAUUGAAAUCCUUGCGCCUAAAUAAACACUCUUUAGCCUAUUUAAAGGAACCCCCUUGUAGCCCUGGAACAUAUUACCAUCUUUUGAAUACAAUUUCGUGAGUUUUUUUUCUUUUGAAGUUCCCUCCUUCUGCUGGUUGACUCCAGCAUCCCUGUGACUUAGGGGGUCUGCUCUUGAUUCUGUGGAUUCACAAUCACCCUCUUGUGGACUUAAGGGAACUGUCCUCCUCACUGUGUGGAUUCAGAGAGAAAGGACAACCAUUAGAGCACGUUUUUCGGGGAUCUUGACGUGUCUUCAACCUCCACAACAUCAAAGUUGAUCACAACGCCUUCAAACCAUUGCCUCUUAGUGUUCUGCUGCGUCAAGUGGUAUGAGAGCUAGGUUAGUGUUCCGGAUUUAGAUUCACAAGAUGUCAUGAGGUAAAGGGAUUCACAUCAACCACAAUGCAAGUUCUAAGGUAUGGCUUAUUUCGAAAUUAGAUUUUAUUAAUUUCAAGAUUCAUAUGCAACAAAAACUUGAAGAUUUGAAUGAUACUUUAAAGCAAAUCUUAGCAUGAAUCUCUGCAAUUGAAUGUGUAUCUUGUGGUCAAACUGGUAAAAAAAUAAAUAAAUUCUGUAACCUGUCACAGAAAAACUUAUCCAACGAUACAACAAGCCCAAAAAGUAGAUCUGAUUGCGAUGAUUGCAGAGGUUUUUUUAAAAAAAUGAUUUCCGAAACAGUGAAAGAUCAAGAUCAAGUACAAUUCACCGGUGAAAGAUCAGAGAAAUAUCAAGUUCAAAGAUUUCUUCCACCUGAUUAUGAGCAGGUUUUAUAUGACUAAUAUCAAAGUUGUAAACAGUGAAGUAGACUUGUCAGAGAAUAUGCUGGGGAAGUUUAUACACUUUCUUAAAAGUCGAUUUGAAUAAAUCUUAAUCUUAUAUGAUCUCUAUUUUUAAAAGUGCUGAAACUUUAUUGGAGAAUUGCUUGAACGAGUUGUGAUCAACUGUAAUGUGGUGGUGGUUGAAGACACGCCUUGAAUCCUUGAAAAACAUCCUCCAGUGGUUGUCGCUUCGCUCUGAAUCCACAGCUUGAAGAGCACAGGUCGCUUGAACAGAGUUCCCUGAGUCCACCAGCAGAAGGAGAGAACUUAGAGAGAAGAAACUCAAAACAUUGUGCUGGUUGAACAGAGUUUAAAAAGAAUUGUAUUAGAGCUAGGAUAAUUUCUUUCUCAUUUGUAAAAAAAAUAAAUAUAUAUUCCAUGUGUAGCGUCAACAUCCACAACAUGACAUUGCACUUUAUCAGAAUAAGUUUUACCAAUUGAAAAUUUAAUUACACACAUCUCUGACACUUUAGUUUCCGUUUUCUUCUUGAUUGUCUGGGGUUCAAAGGCUUGUCUUGAAUCCUCAAAAUCUGUGCUCCAAUGAUUGUCCUUUCGCUCUGAAUCUACAUGGUAAAGAGGACAGGUCCCUUGAGUCUAUAAGGGGUUGAUUCUGAAUCCACAGAACCAAGAACAGGUUCCCUGAGUCCACAGGGGUACUGGAAUCCACUAGCAAAAGGAGAGAACUUCAAGAGAAGUAAACUCACGAAAUUGUAUUGAAAAAAGAUACUAUGCCUAUGGGGCUUCAGCACGUACUAAACCCAUUAGCAUUAAGCUUGAAAAAUAAAAGUAAAGCUACUUUAUCUUUAAUUAUCUAUUUAUGACCACCAUUGAACCUUCAAAUCAUCUUCAGCAUAAUCAGAAAGUGAUUUAUUUGCCAGUCUGUAGUUUUCAUACUAUUGAUAUAAAAUUUGUUCAUAAUCUGGGGGAAGAAAAUGAGAUUUCAAGAGUUUCUUCAUUUUCUCCCAUUAUUGUACAGGUUCUUUAUCAAACCUUGCAAAUGAUCCUACCAUACAGAGGCUCCACCACAGUUUAUAAGUCAAUAACUUUACUUAUUUUUCAUCGAAAAAUUUCAUAUACUCAAACACUCAAUGUACUUCAACUAACCAAUCUAAGAACUCUUCAACCUUCAAAUGGCUAUUCAACAAUAAUAAGUCAAUCUUCAUAUAGAAAUCUCAAAAAUUAUCUUAAAAAACCUACUACAAAUGUACAAUGAGUAUCUGAUGAAGAUUUAACAUAAAUGACUUUUUCAAGAAGUCUGAUUUCAUUAUCUCUAGGAGAAUGUGAAUGACUCCCUGAUGUACUCAUUCUUGCCAAAAAGUUGUUUUAAACUUUCACUAACAUCAUCAAAUUUUUGAUCUAUUCAAUCUUAAAAUACAAUAACAUUUCAUGUUCAAAUAGGAAAAACCUCAUGUAAAUCAUCACCACCAGUAUGAGUAGAUUUACCUCGUGACAUUUGUGAACUUGAAUUGAAACGUUGACUUGCUAUGAUACCAACUGACGCAGUAAUAAUGCAGAAAAUAAAUAAAAUUUGGGCUAGAAUCUACAAAACUUAAAUCUUAGGGAAGAAAUCAGCCUCUGAAUCCACAGAUUUGGAGUCUUCAACCCUUGAAUCUACAAGGGGUUGCAUGUAUCCAAAAGCAAGAGGAGAAAGAUACAAUACGUAACAGUGAUUCAACUAAAAAGCUAAGAAGUCGGGUUAUAAUGGGGCCCACUUAGGAAAGAGGUUGAGUGCUUCUAAAAGAUGAUCUUGAUAGAUCCUAGGGACAAAGUCUGACUAAAUCUUAAAUGACUUAAAACAUUCUCUGACAGAUUGAGAUUUUGGAGACAUCCUGAAAUUACUUGAAACAGACUCUGACAGGUAGACAUACUGAACAAAUCUUAGGUAGAAACUUUGACGGUCUUAGAUCCCAAGUACAUGUACAGUUUGAACAAAUCUUAGGUAGCCACUCUAAUAGUCAUAGAUCUUGAACAGAUUGUAGGUACAGUUUGAACCACAAUAAGUCUCUUCUAGAAGGAAAGAGAUAGAAAAUACCGUUUAGAAGUGAAAAGACAUAAUGUAAAAAAUAAAUAUUACUUUUCGGACCUCUCGCCCGCUGAUGACAUAUUUGGGCUCCUUUUUUAGCACUUUUCAUUUAUGGCCUAAAUUUAAGAUAAGUGGGCCCAAAUUCAAAGUUGAGAAUUCAACUUGUGUCUUGGACUACAUAAAAAAAAUCUAAAUUUAGCACUUGUGUCUGUCGACAGUAUAAAUCCUAAAUUCCACGCCUAGAUGACAUGUUGAUAUGCUUUGUGGUUCUAAUUUUUUUUUCAAAAGUUGAUUUAACCAGCAGAUAUCAUCAAAUCCAAAUUCAGUCAGGAGAUAACUGGAAGUCUGCCUUUAAAACUAUAGCAGGUCUUUGUGAAUAGUUGGUCAUGCUUUUUCAAUUAUCAAAUGCCCCCAGUACCUUUAUAAGAAUUAUGAAUUAGGUUCUGAAACCUUUUAUUGCUAAAUAUGUUGUCGUUUAUUUCGAUGAAAUUCUUGUUUACAAUCCUACGGAAGAUGACCAUAUGAAAUAACUCAGAUCAAUGUUCAAAGUGUUACAACAAAAUACAUUAUUGAUUAACUUGAAGAAAUGCAACUUCAUGACUACUAGUUUGCUAUUCAGCGAGACUUUAUUUUAUAUACUGAUCAUUAAGCUCUUAAAUCAGGAAAUAGUCAGACUUUUAUUAAUAGAACGCAUGCCAGAUGGAUCUCUUUGAUUCAACAUUGCAUAUGCUCUUAGUAGAAAAACAACAUGUUUAUUGAAUCUGCAUGCUAAAAUCACAAGAUUUGAUUAUUUCGAGGAAUUAUACCCAGACGACGAUAAUUUUCUUCAACAAUAUAUGAUCUAUACAUCAGGAAAAUCAACUAAAGGUUUUCACCUACAAGAUGCCUUUUUAUACUGUGUAUUCCUCGCAGCUCUUUAAAGGAGAAAAUACUAUGAGAAUUAAACUCUUCUGGUUUAGCAGGACACCUUGGGCGAGAUAAGACCUUAGAGUCAAUUGAGGAGCCAUAUUUCUGGCCUAAGCCAAAGAAAGAUGUAGAAAAUUUGUUCAUAAAUUUUCUACAUUUUCUACAUCAAUUACAGACCACACAUAUGAGGUCAGGCAAAGAACCUGUAUGCUAAAUGGGAGAAAAUUAAAAAACUCUUGAAAUCUCAGUUUCUUCCUCCAGAUUAUGAACAAAUUUUAUAUCAACAAUAUCAAAACUGUAGAUAAGGGAAUAGAUCAGUUGCAGAUUAUGCUGAAAAAUUGAAUCGUUUAUCUUCUCGAAUAGACUUGACAGAAUCUGAGUCAGAUUAUGAUUUCAAGAUUUACAGUCAUUUUUCAAGCUUAGUGACAUUGUAAUAUGCCUACAGAGCGUGCGGAAGCCUUAUUAGAGAAAGGAAAAACCAGAAUUCUAAAUUUAAGAAGUCAGAAUUCAACUCUUCAGUUAGAAAGAGGAAGAUGUACUGUUUUUUCUUCUACACCACAUAAUGGAGGACUGAAUCAAAGUUCUGUCAGAACAAGUGGAGCAAACCCCUCUGCCGAUGCCUCUACUAACAAGAAUCCUUUACUCCUAAUGUCAUUCCUAAAUGCUACAGGUGUGGAGAAAGUGGACACAAAUCAAAUAUCUGUCCUAAACGUGGCACAGUAAACCUUGCAAAUUCAAUUGAAGGGGAAACAGAACAAGCAUAACCAGAAAUUUCAGGCUAGGUAGAAGAAAAUUUUAAUUAAUUUGAUACCUGAAAUGCACUGUCACAUUCACUUGUAGUCAGGAGAUUGGUGGAUGUCACCAUAAUAUUUUCAGAACAUGGUGUGCUAUGAAUUCUAAGGUAUGUGAUAUAAUCAUUGAAAGUGACAGUAGUGAGAGCAUUGUCUCUUCUGUGAUAUAAUCAUUAAAAAAUUAAGUUUGCAAAUAAGCCCAACAACGUCAUCCAUAUCGAAUUGGUUGCAUCAAGAAGGAAACAGAAACUAAAUUUUUCACAAACCUGUGUAAUCAAAUUUUCAAUUGGCAAAACAUAUUCUGAUAAAGUACAAUUUGAUGUUGUUGACAUUGAUCCUUGCCACAUGAAAUUAAACAGGCCAUGGCAGUUUGACGCUACACACCGUGGCAAGGAAUCACUCACUUUGCAAUCAAGCGACGCCCACACCAGUAGAGUUGAUCACAACUCGUUCAAGCCAUUCCCUCCUUAGUUUCUGCUGAGACAAGUUCUUCCUUUGGUCAAGCAUUUGAUUUGUGACCUUAUUCAUUAGAUCCGUAACAUUUUAGAAUAGAUCCACUUGAUUUGAUACAUAGAGAUUCCUUUGAGAGGAACUUCAGCCACCAGGAAUAGAUCCACUUGGUCUUGGCACAGAAGAUCAUGAAGCAUGAAGGUAAAAAAGGAUGAACCUUUCCAGCAUCAUAAUACUUUCAGAGCAAAAUGCACUGUUGAUGGAAAGAUUUAAGAUGUGAUUAUUGAUUCUGACAGUAGUGAAAAUCUUAGUCCUUUGAGCAAACCAAAAUUGGGGCUAAAAACUGAAAAACAUCCGCAUCAUUUAGAAUUGGGUGAAGAUAAAUUUCAAAGGGAAAAGUUUAUUUUGACGAAAUGAGCUAUCAUGUUGUUGUGACGACUGCCUGUCAUCUAAAUUUCAUUUAGAUGCAACUUUACUGGGCAAAAAUAGUCAUUAUAUUUUUUUUACAAAAAUAGUGAAAAGUUUUUUUACGCCCACUAAAAAAAUAAAUUAUUCAGCACAGUUAAUGAAAAAAGAGUAAGAAAUAACGAUUUACAAAAGAGGAACUUUGUAAUACAUGAAAAGAAAUUUUUUGAAUUAUUUAUGCUGGUUUAAAACGAGAAUGAUUCUUGGAGAGGGUUUGCAACAUUUACCAGAUUAUAGAAUGAUCCCUGAAGAUUUUGCAUGAGCAACUUAGAAAGUGGUUACAGAAACGAUUAAUUCGUGAGAGUUGUUCCAUUCAUUACCUGGACGAAUGAUGCAACGCAAACCCUGAAGCCCACUACUGAAGAACCUGGAGGCCAGUAUUGAUGCACCCUAGAGCCUAUUACUGUUGCAACUUGAAGCCCAUUGUAUUUUUCUUAUUUUUCAGAUUUCAAUUCAAUCCAAAUUUCAUCUGAUAUUCAAAUUUCUGAGAAAAACUUGUGUUAAAUUAAGAUUUAUUUCAAAUUGAAAUCCUUGCGCCUAAAUAAACACUCUUUAGCCUAUUUAAAGGAACCCCCUUGUAGCCCUGGAACAUAUUACCAUCUUUUGAAUACAAUUUCGUGAGUUUUUUUUCUUUUGAAGUUCCCUCCUUCUGCUGGUUGACUCCAGCAUCCCUGUGACUUAGGGGAUCUGCUCUUGAUUCUGUGGAUUCACAAUCACCCUCUUGUGGACUUAAGGGAACUGUCCUCCUCACUGUGUGGAUUCAGAGAGAAAGGACAACCAUUAGAGCACGUUUUUCGGGGAUCUUGACGUGUCUUCAACCUCCACAACAUCAAAGUUGAUCACAACGCCUUCAAACCAUUGCCUCUUAGUGUUCUGCUGCGUCAAGUGGUAUGAGAGCUAGGUUAGUGUUCCGGAUUUAGAUUCACAAGAUGUCAUGAGGUAAAGGGAUUCACAUCAACCACAAUGCAAGUUCUAAGGUAUGGCUUAUUUCGAAAUUAGAUUUUAUUAAUUUCAAGAUUCAUAUGCAACAAAAACUUGAAGAUUUGAAUGAUACUUUAAAGCAAAUCUUAGCAUGAAUCUCUGCAAUUGAAUGUGUAUCUUGUGGUCAAACUGGUAAAAAAAUAAAUAAAUUCUGUAACCUGUCACAGAAAAACUUAUCCAACGAUACAACAAGCCCAAAAAGUAGAUCUGAUUGCGAUGAUUGCAGAGGUUUUUUUAAAAAAAUGAUUUCCGAAACAGUGAAAGAUCAAGAUCAAGUACAAUUCACCGGUGAAAGAUCAGAGAAAUAUCAAGUUCAAAGAUUUCUUCCACCUGAUUAUGAGCAGGUUUUAUAUGACUAA